AUGACCGAGCUGGCUACUCUCUCAUCCGCUAUCGAGAAACUCAACAACUACGCAACGGCUGGUAACAUCCUAUGGGUCAUAUCCCUAUGCGUCUCUAAGAUUGCCAUCGUUGCCAUGUUAUUGCGCACGACACAGACGAGUUUCCACAGAAGAUUCCAGUACGGCGUAAGCGCCAUAAUCGUCGCUCAAUGUCUCACAUCCGUCCUCCUUCUGAAUGUCGACUGCUCGGUCCACCGUGUGCUUGCGUGGGACAUCACCUCCGCGCACUCCGAAUGUGCCCAGAGUGAGCGACGAUGGAUUGCUCUCACAGCUCUGGACGUCAUGACCGAGGUCCUCCUGCUCUUCCUGCCCAUUCAGUUGGUGUGGGGUCUACGUAUGGCCUUCCGAACCAAACUCAUCGUCAUAUCGUCAUUUUGGCUCCGAAUACCAACCCUAAUCUUCUCUGCUCUUCGCCAAAAUGAGAUACAUCAACUUACGACUACAUCUGAUGUCUCUCUCACGGCAGCCACAGUGGUCAUCUGGCAGGCUGUGGAACUAUCAUACUCUCUAGCGGCCGCGACGCUCGCUGCGCUCAAGCGGUUCACAGAGUCGCUCAACACUGGUUUCGGUCAUGGCGAGCUUAUGCGGAUUCAUGCCCCAUCUCAAGGAUACAAGCUGUCGGGUCGUGGUGUUACUUCAGGGAAAGCGAAAGCUUCACGCAAACAGGCAUCUCGCCCGGAUGAGCCUGAAAUCUCUAUGGACACCAUGUCGUCUGACACCACAGCUCUGCCCCCAUCUAGAUUUGAACCUCGAAUCGAGCAGAUGAGAUUGAGGCCUGAACCACUCCAAAACACAGCGACAGUCUCGUCGGCACCGCAGAACUUGGUUUUCAAUAAUGGGCGAGUGGACGAUACAAGCUCGAAAAACAACAUCAUACGCCAAGAAAUACAGUACUCAGUUCAUUAUGAGCAAGGCGCCACGAUGGAUAAAAAUGGCAAAUGA